AUGAGGAGCUUCGUUUCGACCCUCAGCGCCGCUGCGCUGGCAGUGCAUAGCGUCUCAGCGCACUACAUCUUCCAACAGCUCACUGUCAGGACCACGCAGUACGAUGUGUACGAGUAUAUCAGAAAGAACAGCAACUACAAUUCCCCUAUCACCGAUUUAAACUCAACUGAUCUUCGCUGCAACGUUGGGGCUUCCGGAAACGGCACUGACACAGUAUCGAUCACUGCCGGUGGGGCAUUUACUUUCACACUUGACAUUGCUGUCUACCACCAAGGUCCAGUCUCGAUUUACAUGUCCAAAGCCCCGAGCGACGUAUCAGACUACGAUGGUAGUGGAGGCUGGUUCAAAAUCACAGAUAUUGGCCCCACCUUCUCCAACGGAGUUGCCACCUGGGAGCUAUACCAGAACUACACCUCUACCAUCCCCAAAUGCGUCGCCGAUGGACAGUACCUCCUAAGAAUCCAACAAUUGGCGAUCCACAACCCUUGGCCCGCCGGAAUUCCUCAAUUCUACAUCUCCUGUGCGCAGGUCGCUGUCACUGGUGGUGGAAGCGCAAAUCCUGCGACAGUGUCCAUCCCAGGAGUGUUCAAGGAAACCGAUCCAGGAUACACUGUGAACAUCUACACCAACUUCAACAACUACACCGUUCCUGGACCUGCACCGAUAACUUGCUAA